GCCGCCGGGGAGCCGCCGGGCGCGGAGCGCCUCUCGCAGCUGGCGGAAAAUCUGCUGUAUCAGCUGCAGGAGAAUUUUCAAGCUCUGACAGAAAGGAUAACGCUGAGAAUGGAAGAAAUGGGUGAGCGCAUCAGUGACCUUGAGAAGCAUGUUGCUGACCUAAUGGCGGAGGCUGGAAUAGAGAACACUGAUGAUGGAUUGAGACACUGAAAUAAGCAUGUGAGCGAGAAAGAUAAAGGGAGAACAGCUCUGCACUGACUCUGGAGUGUGUCAUCGUUUACAGUCAGUGUCUCUAGUCACAAAAAGCAUCAGUGAAAAAAAAUACACUUGCAUCAUGUCGUGAUAGAAUCUCCAUUUUUCUUUUCCUUUGAAUUAUUGUCCCAGGAAAGGAGUAGAAAGCUAGGUUUACGGGUCAUGUACAUGGGAUACUAUUUCCUAUAAUUGGGAAUAAACCAUUAGUCUCAGGUUAGGAAAAAAAAUAUAAAAAACUAUAAUAUAUAGGAUAUAUAUAUAUAUAAUAUAUAUAAUAAUAAAAUAAUAUAAAAUAAUAUAAGGAUAAAAAACUAUCCGAUAUAGUAGUGAGCUUACCCAGUCACAAACUUUUCAAUGUAAAAAGUGUAUUUUAUUUCAUAUUACUAAUAUUAAAAUUUCCAUCACACUUCUUUGUUGCCUUUUUAUAUGUUCUCAGAAUACCUAUGGCAAUAUUUUUGCAGCUGUGUGUGCCAUUUUGAUGUUAUUUAAAUUUUCUGCAUUAGAACAU